AUGCCCAAACCCAAGCGGCUGCCGCCGGCUGACCGGCGGUUGGGCACCUGGCAGCGCUCCCCGCCGCUGGGGAGUGCCGGAGAUGCCACCAGGAACAGGGGCAGGCGCUGCACAGGCGUCGCCGACACAGUUCUCGUCCUGAGGGCUAUCUCAGAGUUUGGUGUUGUAUUUUUAUGUGGAAUUCUGAGGUGCCAUUUCAUGUUUUUCUAUGUGUCUUUACAGGAACUGACAAUAGCUUUGGAGAACAAUCCAGAUGAUGCCGAAUAUUAUUGUCAACGAGCUUAUGCUCAUAUUCUUCUACAGAAAUAUGCUGAUGCAGUUGCAGAUGCAAAGAAGUCCCUAGAACUCAACCCCAAUAAUGCUGUAGCGCUCCUUAGAAAAGGGUUAGGUGAAUAUCAUAUUAAAAACUAUGCAUCUGCUUUAGAGUCUUUCAGAGAGGGACAGAGGUUGGACAAUGUAGAUGAUACCUUUACUAUUUGGAUUAAAAGAUGUGAGGAAACACUAAACGCAUCACAGACAGAAGUGAAUACACAGCAGCAGCCUCUGCCACCAAAGAUCAAAUAUGACUGGUACCAAACAGAAUCUCAAGUAAUUGUGACUAUAAUGAUCAAGAAUGCACAGAAGGAUGAUGUCAGUGUGCAGUUCUCAGAGAAAGAGAUGAAUGCAUCAGUGAGACUUCCAUCAGGUGAAGACUACAACUUAAAGCUUGUUCUUCUUCACUCUAUAGUGCCAGAGCAAAGUACGUUUAAAGUGCUUUCAACAAAGGUCGAGAUAAAAAUGAAGAAGCCUGAGGCUGUAAGAUGGGAGAAGCUGGAGGGGCAGGGAGAUUCUCCUAAGUUAAAGCAAUUUACACCAGAUACCCAGCACUUGUAUCCAUCAUCGUCUCACUAUACGAGGAACUGGGACAAACUGGUAGUUGAAAUCAAAGAAGAGGAAAAGAAUGAGAAGUUAGAAGGAGAUGCUGCUUUAAAUAAACUCUUCCAGCAAAUUUAUUCAGAUGGUACAGAUGAAGUGAAACGUGCCAUGAACAAAUCGUUUAUGGAGUCUGGAGGCACAGUCCUGAGUACCAACUGGUCUGAUGUUGGUAAAAGGAAGGUAGAAGUAAAUCCUCCUGAUGACAUGGAAUGGAAGAAAUUCUAAUCCUAUUUUUAAUCUUACCAUCUGUGUGUUGCCAUAGUCAUGUACUGACCACUGUGUAUGGACAUAGCGUUCUUGGAAUCAAAGCACUGAAUGUUCCCUUGGAAUCAGGAAUUGUCUUUGCAUUUUGCGUGCUUUAGAAAUUCCUUCAUCUGCAGAUGUUUAAGAUAUAUUCAAGAGCGGAACCCUGUUUUCAUCAUCUCUGUCUAAUUUUUGGAAAUGGAGUUAAUCACAGUCUAAAUUUUCUACCGCCUUUAUCAGCUCUGCUCUUUGGGGAUGGGGUGGUCUCUAAUGGGCUGGUCAGGAUUAUUGCCUUAUGCCCGGUGUUUCUGUUCAGUAACUUAUUAGAUCUUGGCAACUUUGAGUAAAAACACUUUUCAACAACAGUGUUAAACUUGUUUGCUCUUCAACUCUGCUAAAUAAAACUGUAAAUAUAA